AUGUCGAAUCAAAGUUUAAAACGUAAAUUAGAUUCAUCUGAUGGAACAAAUUCAUUACCAAGUCGUUCUCAAUAUUUAAAUGAUAAAUUAUCUCGUCGUCCAGAUCGUCAUAAAUUAGUUGAACAAGGAAUAUUACAUGAUUCUCAAUGUGCACCAAGUCUUCAACAUGCUGAACAUGCUCUUAAACGAGCUCGUCUUGCUGAUGAAUUAAAUAAUCGUCUUGUUAAUCGUCCUGGUCCAUUAGAUUUAAUUCAACAUAAUAUUCUUCAUAUUGAUACAAAUGAAUAUCCAAAUUUAGAACAAGCUAUUCAAGGUGGUCAAAUUCCAUUUAAAACAACAACAUUAUGUCGACGUCCACUUAUAUUUCAUGAAUAUACUGGUUCGCCAUUAUCAUCAAAACCAAAAGUAACAAAAAUCGAUUCACUUUCAUCAUUUUCUAAUGCACAUCAAAUACGAUUAGCACAACAACAACUUCUUCUUGAAUUAACAUCAAAUAAACAAGAUGAACAACAAUCAUUAUCAUCAUCAUCAUCAUUAUUAAAUAAAAAAACACUCGAACAAAUGACACUUAUUGAACUUCGUGAUGUAUGUAAACAAUAUCAAAUUCCAUCAUCUCAUGCUAAUAAAACAAAAUUAAUCGAACGAAUUAAACAAGCACAAAAUAAAACAAAUAAUCAAGAUUUAUCAUUAUCAAAAAUAAAUUCCGAUGAAUUAUCAAAUGCUGAUAUAAUUGCAUCAUUAGAAAUCUCAGAUAUAAAUGAAGAAGAAGUUGAACCAUUAUCAACAUCCGAAUUAGAUGAAAUUCUUAAAUAUUUUCCAACGACUUCAAUUAGUAAAGGAGAUGAUCAACAAGAUCAAUCAUCAAAUCUUUUAAUUGAUUUUAAUUUUCAAAAUUCAUUAAUUGAUUCUCAAACAAUAGAUAAUGAUGAUUUAUUUGUACAAAUGUUACUUGAUAAUGAUAAUUCAUCAUCAUCAUCAUCAUCAUCAUCGUCAUCAUCCUCAACAACAACAACAAUAAGUGAAACAACAUUUGAUGAUUUAUUUUUAUCAGAUCUUUUACCAUCAUCAUCAUCAUCAACAGUAUCUUCUUCUUUACCACGAAUAACAAGUGUCGAUGAAUUUGAUGCAUUUUUACGGGAUUUUACUCAUAAUCUUUCAUCACAUCAACAUGAAGUUUCAACAUCUAUUAGUUGA